UUGAUGCCCGUCAUUCCCAAACUGACCAAUCGCUGCCACCAUGGCCACCACCUCCUCAACUGAAAUCCUCCACCAGACCACCACCUUCAUCUCCGAAAUUUUAUCCCAACCUGACUUCCGCCACAACCUUUUUUCAACUCUCCGCAGCAAAAUUCCACCUAAUUCUAACCAAACCACACUCAAAUCUCUACACCUGGCCACUGAAACUCUUGAAAAAGCCAUCUCCUCCACCAAAUCCUCAACUCAAUCCUCUUCUCUCCGCCUUGCCAAACGCCUCCUCCUCUCUCAUCCUGAAAGCCUCUUCUCCUCCCUUCUCUUGUCCCUCAUUUACCAUCUCUGCGACCAACCCCUCGAUGCAUCCCUCAGUCUUCUCCACAUAUUUACUCUAGACCCUGGCUUUGCUCGUUCAGAGUUAGCACCUGCACUUUUCGAGGAGCUGUUUCUUGUCCAUUUUCUUCCCGUUCUUCAGUGGUUCAACGACCAAAGAUCAAGCGUCUUGUCAUCUUUAUCAAUGCGGGAGGGUUAUGAUAGCGACGAUUAUUCUGGAGAUGCAUCGGUGGUUCUUCCGCAGUCGAAGUUGCUGUCGAAAAUGACAGGAGAUCAAGCUUCGGGGCUGAAAGGGCUUGAGAGAAUUUAUGAAGAGGUUCUUGAUGAGAAUUGCAGGGUUUUCGUAAAAUACUUUGAAGAGGUUUUAGAAAGUAAGGAUGAUAGCAGAUCCAUUACUCCACCAUUAGUCGUUUUGAGAGAAGUUGACAAAUCUGAGCGCAAUCACAAUGACACCAUCAAAGUGCAGGACGAACUUGGAUGGACAAACGGCCGCUAUAAUCCAAUGUGGGUUGAAGAAGGAGAAAAGUCGGUUGAAUUGUAUACAGGCAGCAGCAAAUCCAAGUCUCCGUCAUUUUAUCCUCAAAGAGUUUCUCUAAGCAUCUCAGAAGACCAGAACUUGAGAAAGUCGACAGGGUCGCUAGCACUAAAUUCAGAUUCUGAACCUGAAUCUUCAUUGGACGAUCAUUUUUCUUCCAAUUCUGAAGUUGUAAAUGAGAAAAAUAUAAAAAUGUCAUCGUCUGAGCCUAGAAAAAUCCGAACCAGGAAACAGAAGAAGCCCAUUUUGGCAGAAUCUCGUCGUUCUCCAGAGCAUCCGAUGGAAGAUGCUGAUAACCCACCAGGCGAUGGAAAGCAUACCCCUCCAAAGGACUUUGUUUGUCCCAUAACUAGCCACGUAUUUGAUGACCCAGUGACUCUCGAGACGGGCCAGACUUACGAACGUAAAGCAAUUCAAGAGUGGAUUGAGAGGGGAAACUCAACAUGCCCCAUUACGCGCCAGAAGCUGCAUAGUUUGCAGCUCCCUAAAACAAACUAUGUGCUUAAACGGCUUAUUGCAAGUUGGCAAGAAGAAAACCCUGGUUCUCUUUUGAUUCAAUCUGAGAGUCCUCUCCUAGAAUCCGAGCAAAUGUCCAAGUCAGUUCUGCCUUCAACUUCUCCUAACAGUGUCAUCAGCCAAGCCACCAUUGAUGGGACAAUCACAGCACUGAGACAUGCAAUACACAAUCUUUGUAUGUCAGAAAUUCUCAAAGAAUCUGAAAUGGCUGUACUCCAAAUCGAAAGGUUCUGGCAGGACGCAAAUAUGGAUCCGGAUAUUCAAGUUAUGCUUUCAAAACCUCCGGUUAUCAAUGGAUUUGUGGAGAUUCUUUUCAAUUCUGUUGAUUCUCAGGUACUGAAAGCAACUGUUUUUCUGUUAUCUGAACUGGGGUCGAGAGACAAAUCUGUGAUCCAGACGCUUACAAGAGUUGAAUCUGAUGUGGAGUGUAUUGUAGCUCUCUUCAAGAAAGGUUUGCUUGAGGCAGUUGUGUUGAUAUAUUUAUUAAAACCUUCCACCAUGACCUUGAUUGAGAUGGACAUGAUAGAAGCUCUCAUGAAUGUAAUUAAGAAAAAAGAUGAGGAUUUGCUUAAGAUGUGUUUGAAGCAAAAAUCAGCUUCAGUGCUGUUGUUGGGACAGAUUAUUGGAAGCAGUGAAGAGACCAUUGUCUCUUCAAUUGCUAAUACAGUUGUUUCUUCAAAGGUGUUUGAAAGCAUUAUUGGAAGCCUGGAAGCCGAAUGGGCUGAGGAGAGAAUUGCAGCAGUUGGUAUCCUAUUGAGAUGCAUGCAGGAGGAUGGGAAAUGCAGAAACACCAUUGCUGAAAAAGCUCAGUUGGCUCUUGUUUUGGAGAGCUUCAUGGCUGCAAGUGAUGGGGAAAGGUUUGAGAUAGUUUCUUUUCUCUCUGAGUUAGUCAAAUUGAACAGGAGAACAUUCAAUGAGCAAAUUCUCCACAUUAUUAAGGAUGAAGGUACAUUAAGUACAAUGCACAAUCUCCUCGUUUAUUUGCAGAUAGCCAACGAAGACCAAUGCCCUGUUAUCGCGGGACUCCUUCUCCAACUAGAUCUGCUGGCUGAGCCGAGAAAAAUGAGUAUCUAUCGUGAAGAGGCAAUGGAUACCCUCAUUUCCUGCCUCAGAAAUUCCAACUUCCCGGCUGCCCAAAUAGCGGCGGCUGAGACAAUCAUGUCACUACAAGGGAGAUUCACUGCAUCUGGGAAGCCCCUUACACGGGCUAUUCUUCUUAAGCGUGCUGGGCUUGGGAGAAGUUACAAAAGUCUAAUACGAUCAGAGCAGCUUGGCAGCUUUUCAGGAGAGAUUCAAGAUACUUCAGAAGAAGAGAAAGCUGCAGAUGAUUGGGAAAGAAAAAUGGCUUUUGUUAUCGUAAACCAUGAGUUUGGUCUAGUGUUUGAGGCUUUAGCAGAAGGCAUAAAGAGCAGAUAUGCAAAAUUAAGUUCCGCAUGCUUUGAGUCAGCAACAUGGCUUGUAUACAUUCUGAGAAAUAUGCCACACAUUGGAAUCCAAGGAGCCGCCAGGGUCUGCUUACUCCAGGCCUUUGUAUCUAUAUUCAAGUCUGCUAAGGACACUGAUGACAAAGCCCUAUCAUUACUUGCUCUAAACAGCUUCAUAAAUGACCCAGAGGUGAUGGUCUAUCUUUCUCCCCACAUUAAGGAUAUUCUGAAAGGCCUCAGAGAGUUUCGGAAAUCCUGUCCUUUGGCCUUUGAAAUGCUGAAAGUUUUCUCUGAAGGGCAUGAAUCAAGUGCUGACUUCUGGAAUCAUAAAGAAUUAGUUCAAGUAGAUUCCAGUGAAAAUGGAGAAGUGCUUUCUAUAGUUUCCUUCAGAGAUAAGAUAUUUUCUGGCCAUUCAGAUGGAACUCUAAAGGUCUGGACGGGGAGAGGUAGCAUGCUUCAUCUCAUCCAAGAAGUCCGAGAACAUACUAAGGCAGUUACCAGCUUAGCCGUUUUACAAUCAGGUGAAAGACUAUAUAGUGGUUCACUUGAUAAAACAGUGCGGGUUUGGUCCAUUGGCAAUGAAGAGAUCCAUUGUGUGCAAGUACAAGACACAAAGGAUCAUGUUCAAAGUCUAGUUGUUGCCAGUAGCAUCUUUUGCUUCAUUCCACAAGGAGCUGGUGUCAAGGUUCACUCAUGGACUGGAGGAUCCAAACUGUUGAAUUCCAGCAAAAAUGUUAAGUGUUUGACUCUUGUACAAGGAAAGUUGUACUGUGGAUGCCAUAAUAGUAGUAUUCAGGAAAUUGAUUUGGCAACAGGAACACUAUGUACCAUACAAACUGGUUCAAGAAAAUUACUAGGAAAGGCAAAUCCCAUUUAUUCACUGCAAGUUCACAAUGGAUUGAUAUAUUCAGCAAGCUCUGGCUUAGAUGGGGCAGUUGUGAAGAUUUGGAGUGCUUCAAAUUAUGCCAUGGUUGGAUCACUGCCAACUACAUCGGAUGUACGGGCAAUGGCCAUAAGCUCAGAACUAGUUUAUUUGGGAUGCAAAGGAGGAGCUGUAGAAAUUUGGGACAGUAAGAAACGAACUAAAAUAGAAACACUUCAAGCUGCUACAAAUGGAAAGAUUAUAUGCAUGGCUCUUGAUGACAAUGAAGAAGUUUUUGUGAUUGGAACUUCGGAUGGAAGGAUUCAGGCAUGGGGGCUCAGCUAGAAAACAAGGAUGAUGUAAAAAUUUUGACAGAUUAAAGGCCUGAAGCAGACUAGUACACAGAAAUUCUUUGCAUUGUGCACAUGACAUUCUUUAUGGUGAAGUAUUCUUUGAUUUACGCAAAAUAAGCUUGUCCACAGCAUGCAUGAGAACUGUAAACAGCACAUAAAUAUUAUCAAUACUGCCCGUUGGGUUGUAAAUUUAUACGUAUCUUUGUACAGAAUAUUAAAUUUCUAUUGGAAUUUGGGAAAACAAAGUCUUUGGAUGAA